AAAUUUUAAACGAAAACAGCUUCUUAUGAUUUCAUUACAUCUUUUCUUAAUUAAAUGAUCAUAACCGUUGCCGUUGCUCAACUACCAAAAUAUUUACAAUGUGCGACGUGGGCAGAGAUUUUUCUCUUUAUGACGUCACACUUCGGUACGUAGUGUUCGGUUUAAAAUCCGAUAGAGUGAAGCGAUUCGUGGCGAGUCGAAGAAAAAUUCUGAAAAAUGCCACACACGGUUACGGUUCGUACUACCACGACUGCCACAACUGGAACUUUCAAUGCCGGAUUUUUAAAAUCAUGGCCCGGAAUAUUGAAAUUACUCGAAACGGUGAUUGGGGCUGUUGUUUUGGGUCUCGUAGCCUAUUAUGGAACCCAUUUUAAUACUCAUUCCAUAGAUGGUUUUGGAGCUAAAUCGGAACAUACUUACCUUUUCCUGGUUUCAUUCGGAUGUCUUCUACCCACCCUUCUCCUCCUGGUUACUUCCGUAUCUUCGGUGAUGUCAUCAACCCUUAUACCAAAAACUCUUUUCGAAGUGGUCUUCAACGUAUUUGCAUUCCUGCUUUAUCUAAGUGCCGGUUUGGCAUUGCUGAUUGUUUUAAUUAAACAGAAGCAUCAUUACCUGAAAGAUGCUGAACACGAUGGCAAAAUCGCAGCUUCGGUAUUGGGCUUGAUAAAUGCGGUUUUAUACGCCACAAGCACUUCGUUUUCGUAUAAAGCUUACAAGAAUACUUGCAGUUAACCGUUUACAGAAGUACAAAAAUUAUGUUUAACGAUUUAUAAAGUUCGUAUAGCUUCGAAGUAAUGUAAUUUGGCUUAUAUACGCCGCAUAUAAAGGAAUAUUGUAAAAAAACCAGGAAGCAAUAACAAUUUUUAAUAUAUUUUUUGUAAUCUUUAUUAAAGUAUCAUCAGAAAGGAUGUAUUUAUGAUAUUUU